AUGACACACAAAAAUGACCAGAAACUCGAGCGCAAGCUCAUGGCUUCUCAGAUGAACAGCAUACUACAGGCAAUAACAGUUCUACAAGAAGAAAUAGAUGCGAAAAACCCAGAGCGAAAAAAAGAACGAGAAGCCCAAAAUAAAGAAAAGUCAUUUUUUUCGACUCUGACUAAGAAAAUUCGGGGGUCAAGUUCAAAAGAGAGCGAGAACAAGAAAAAGAGACACAGAUCGUCAAAGUCUCUGUCAGCAUCAACCUCGCCAGCUCCUCUACCUUCAAUAAAGAAGCAACCUACUUUUCGAAGAUCCAUCACAGAUGGAAACUUAGGUGUCACAAGUACAAUCUACACGAAUCUCGACUCGACACCGGCAACUCCGACGAACUUUAGCAGCGCCAGGAACAACACUCCUCCGCCUAUUCCUCCCAGGCCAUCGCCACGAGUGAACAUGCCAAGCUCCAGUAAAUACGGCGGCUUAUCUAGUCCUAUUUAUGUUAGCCCCUUCGACAUUGCUAGGCUGCAAGGAAAACGCUCACAGAGUUUAAGUUACGGAGAGCCAGCAGCUUUACUGAACCGCAUCAAUACGAGAAACGAUCACUCUCGUCGACACACAUCAAAGAGUACGUCAGAUGCAAACCCGAUCGGGCAGUAUGUAACUGUUCAGUCGACUCGCCGACCUUUCAAAAACGAUGUUUCCGCGAACAAAGAAACCCAAAUCCCGAAUUAUGUUGCGGUCGACGCCAUGAAAUCCGCAAAACUUAACCAGCAUCGUCUCAUACCGCGAAGAUCUACAAACUACUUUUUCAAUUAA